GCUUGAGGAAGAGCAUCAGCCACACCUCCAGUGGUGCUGCCUUGUCCAAAAAGAAGAAGACGAAGGAAGAUGUUGUGGAGAAUGAAGCCACGAUGAUGGAAGGGCACCAGCAACAAGCUGAAGCCACGACUGGUGCUGACAAACUUGUUCCGGCAGGACCAGGAGCCAAUCUGAAGAAGUAUACAGGAACAACGCCAGAUGCUUCACCAGUUUCCGAUGCUGCUUCGUCGGAGUUCGAAGUCGUUGGCGCGUCGGGGGCUUAUCAUGAUCACGAAUACAACCAGCAGAAGCGUGGGUAUUCUCUCCGCGACAGUGGCGCACUUCUUUCUUCUUCUCCCGGAGGAGAAGAUCCUGGCCGCGCAGCAGCUUCCACCUCUUCUCGAGAUGAUGGCACAACCACUUCUAAAACACCAAAGAAAGAGCAAGAACACAAGCAGAGCAGCUCCUACCUCCCGAUCCGGAAAGGCACGUCCUCCACCCGGGAAUUGUCUAUCAACGCCUUGAACCUCCAGUUUGCCCAACACCCGCGGGAAAGACAAGUCGAUUCGUUGGCUCAGCAAAAAGCGGGCCGUGUGGUCGGUGAAUUCAACGCGGCGGAACGAAACCAAGUACAUUACAGCCUGGGUGGCGGAGUCGGAAAUCGAAACAGUUACAACCCAACCGGUUUAGGCGGUAGAGAAAGGGAUUUUUCUUGGCUUUACGAAGUGGAACGACGCCGGGCCGAAAAGCGGGCCAAGGGGGAGUUGCCGGGUCGUGAGGUGAAGCCUUUUGCAGCGCACGACGAUGCAGGAGCUCCAGUACAAUCGCAGCCGCAAGAAGUACCGUUUUCAAGCGGUCGUGCUGGAGAUCAUGCUAGUAGUCGUAGCCCUUCCGUUCAACGUGUGCAAUUUCCGACAACCGCAGAAAAAGCAGCGAAAAAGAUGACGCUGGAAGAACGAGCGCACGCACAGAAGAGCUGGAAUGUUCGGCACAAAGUUGGCGUUCUAGAUGGAGCUGCGUCGAGGACCGCUUCGAGUGCCGCGGGCACGGACACGUCACCUCCAGAAGAUGCUGUAGUUCUUGGUGCAGCAA